GACACGGGAUAGAAUAUUCAGCCUGGGGCUGGAGAGGGAUUGAUUAAUCGUUCAUGUAUGAUUUUUUUCUGGUGUUGAAGUUGCAAGGCGGCAGCAGGAUCGUACUACUUACAUGCACUCCUCAGCCACCCGAUGAUCGUCGAUCGCAAAGUCCCGACGAGCCACUGAGUGGAUUGCUGAAUGGACUGUGAUGGUUUCGAUCGAGAGGGCUCUCUCGUUUCCCUUAGAUAGGGAACGAGGGGGAUGACGAUUCCUUCUUUCAAUCUAUAUGUAUGCCCUGAGAGACAGCAUGUGAUAUAUCAAAUACAGCAAGAGGCACCGACAGAAACAGUUUCCGACCAACAACAGGCCACUGAGGCUGACAGAGGCCCUAUCGUAGCAAUGCGCAAUGCAGUGCAGUUUGGUGUACCGCUGUUGCUGGUGAACGGUGCAGAUACGUUGGUGUACAUUGACCCAGCCCCUCGAACUGGCGCAUCAAUGUCCCCAUCCAUACCACUCCGCGUCCGUAGUGAGAGCCUGUUGAGGACGGGAUCUUCUUUUUUCAAGGACCGCUUCGAACCACGACGACAAGCGCGUGUUUUGAAAAGCCGCGGUUUGACAGAGGAUCUCCCAGAGGGAAUUCACUACGUUCUGGAUCUUACACCAGCGCUCGAAGAUGAUGAUGCCGUGAUCUACUUGACCGAGCUUUCAUGUCCCGAGGGCAUCAGAACAUGGGGCCGAAAUCAGAAGCGAUUCAAUCUGCCCAUUGAUUGCGUGGGUGGGCAAGAGGAUUUGGGGAAACAUCCGACGCAGAGGUCCUCAGCCUAUCAGAUCAGUCGCGUGAACCAGGCACCGACUUUCACCUCAGCAUCAGGUAGAGGGUCUGCGCGAGCAGUGUCGUGUAAUAGAGAGACUGGGGCGCAGGAUGGUAUUGCUGUCCAAGAAGCCGAUUUACGUCUACCUCUAGAUUACUCUCCUAUCCGCCACCGAAGCUGUAUUGAGCGCAUCUUUCACGCUUUGGAAGGCCUCAACCCAAAGAUGGAUACGGCGCCUAAGAUGUGGACAUUCUUUGCGCUUUCAAAGAUAAUGGGUGUCGCGAACGAAGAAGAUAUUCGCAACCAUAUUCUGUCCUGGAUCUAUGCCAGCCAAAAUACACUCUUCAUGGAACUCAACCCAGAGGCGGCCUAUCGUGUCGCAUGCGGAAUUCGUUCAAGCAGCCUCUGCCGCGAGACAUUUGCAAUCCUGGUGGGAGAGGAAGCCUUGCUUCUGCUGGCCGGUUCAAAGAAAAAUACCCCGAAAAGACGGGACAGGACACUCCAUGGUCGCAGUCGAGAGACUAUCGAGGACGAGGAGCUGCAGCGGAUCGAAUAUGCCAGCAAGAACUUCAUGGAACGUAUACUUGCCUCCUUUGUCGAGCUCGUGGGCACGCGCAUGGCGUGGGUGCUGGAGCUGGACGAGUACCAGAGACUUAUUACUACCGCGAGUGGAUUAAUGGAUGCAGCAGCAAUCUUCAACCUCAAUGUCAAAUUGAAGCGGUUCAUUCGGAGUCGAAUCUACUCGAUGCUGACACCGUAUCGCAGCACAUAUGCUCCAACGUCGCGGCAAAUAUCCGGAACUUACUUGGGGGAUUACCCACAACCAAAUUACUGGGAGACCUAUUACAACUUGACCGGAUUGGAGCGAGUUUUCAGUCGCACAUUCUGGCAAAGUCUGUUGGAAGACCAUUUAUCAUCUGGAGAGAAUCGUCUGUAUGGCCCGCAUCUUUGCAUCGCAGACUUGGGCCGUCAUCUACCAGCACUGAAAUCGCAGGAGGCCGCGACGUGUGAACCUAUUUCGAUGGAGGAAGUCAGAAUUGCCGCGACCCUCGUAAAUAGGGGUGAUCGAGGCUACCACAUCGAUGGCGAAGUGUAUUGUUUCGAUCUUUCGAAGUGUAUAGCGCAAGCCAACGAGUAUAUCAGAGGCUUUGCCCGGAGGAUGAUGCAGCCUCCUCACUCGAAUUGCGGCCUUUUCGAACUAGUUGAUACUCUGACAUGCCUGAACGAGGAGGAAUACCGAUAUCUUCCCCUCUGGGCUGGAGGAAAUGACGAUGGUACCGGCGGUGUUUUCACAGACCAUAAUAUCCCGAUUGUCGAACAAGGAGGGUUCUCCGCGCCGGGACCUGGCAUCCACACCGGGAGCACCGUAGCGUCAUCGGGGUCCUUCAGCAUUGUCGAUAGCGAGGGAAUGAGUACAGCCCAAGUGGCCUCUCACCAGGCUACAGAUGGACUUGACGCUGAUGUGCUAUCAAUGGGUUCGGUAAGGGACUCGUUAUGGGAGGAUGUGCUUGCCAGGAGAGACAACAGUCGAGCAACACAAGCGGAGUCUCUAGCCUCGUGGGACAAUCCGAUUGUAUCUGAGGAGUUCAAUGAAGGUAGUCUGACUGAUAUCGCCAGUGAUGAAAGUGGAACAAUCAUAGUUGGUUCACCAAGUCUUGUGGACCCAUUAAACGAUAACGAAGAACUCGAUCUUGAGGAAGGAGAUCCACUGGACUUUUCUGAUGAGGAUGAUCGUGACGAUUAGGAAUUUGAUCCAGUCUGGUACCUUGCCUAAGCCAUAGACGGCGUCUUACGGCCCUGGGGCGAUUAUUGAUGUCUUUCGGGGAUGGAGUUUCACUGGAGCAUCUGAUCUUAUGAUUGACGAUAAUCAGGCAUACACUGAAUGAGCAUUUAAUACCCUGGUGGAUUUUCUAAAGCAGGUCACUCAGUUUCUUUGUUUCCAGCAAGCUCAGAGAGUAAGGGACUGCCAUAAUCUAUGGGGUAGUUCAUUAUGUUA